AUGGAGUUCCAGAAGUGUCUAUGCAAGUACAUCGAAGAUACCCGGGCCGAUCGAAUAGACCAGCCCGUGGAUUCCCGGGUGGGACUGACGUCCCUCGCCGAAACGGUGGGGGCGUAUCUCCAGAGUGAAGGCGUGGACUUUUGGCCAGACAUGCAAAUCCCCAAUCUCAAGCUUAAUACAACCGAAGCACUCCUCGUGCGUGUCUUGGCAAUCGAAGCCACAGACAGCCGAAGCAGCAGCAGAAGCAGCAGCCAGCCUCUUGAGAUCCCCCUCCAGCCCGAAGACAUCCUUCUCGUGGCUCUCGGGUCGGCUAAUUCGGGGUCGCUUGUGGGACGCAAUGGCGCGCCGCCGCCACCGACCCCCGUGCGCGCGGAGCGCAUCCUCAACGCCUCAUGGUCGCUGUGGUUCCGGAUUGCGCACCUCUCGCUGGACCUGGGCAACCCAGCCGCAUUCUGCACGCAUCUGUCCGAGUCCAAGCUCGAGAUGUUCACGGUGAUCCUCGACCACGAGGAUGAUAAGGCCGGUGGGGGGCUGUAUGCGUAUCUUGCAGAGCGGAUCGGGCAGGGCUCGAGCCUGGCAAUGCAGGACAGUAACUGGUCGCUGCGUCUGUGUGUUUCGCGUCGGGACAGAGGCAUGUCUAGCUCUGCACCUGAAGCAGUGUACAGUACCAUCUGGGGCUACGGGCUCACUCCCGAGCAGCCCGGGAACUUCAUGCGCAAUCCCAUGUGCUGUUGCGCCGGCCAGGAGAUCCUAAGCGAGGUGCUCUCCCAUCUAGCCUCCCCGUGCUCUUAG